GUACAAAGGGUUGGCCAUAAAGUAGUUAGUCACAUAGCCUGGAUGUCAAUCUAGAUCAGAACAUAACGGCUGUAUUACAGAUGCAGAGGACUGGUGGCUCGGUUAGUAAACGUCUCAGGAUGAGGAAGAGGACCGGUGACCAUGAUUCCGUGGAGCAGAAGACUGAUGGAAAUAAAACUAAGGUGUCAUUGAGUGCGCAGCCGAGACCUAGCCCCCAUUUGUUGUGGUGGUUCAAAAGAGGUCUCCUGGCUGUAUGUGUCAUUUAUGUUUCUGUGCCUUUCAUGAUGCCACUGUUUCCUGACAUCAUAAAGCACCUGGUUUAUUCUCACAGAGUCAGGGUCCCAUUCUUCGUCGACCAUAGCCAGCCAGCCGACCUGUCUCUUAACCACACAAUGAACAUGUACCUUACAUCCGAACAAGGGAUCUCAUUGGGCGUAUGGCACACAGUCCCUGAACGUCAGUGGAAAGAGGCACAGGGAAAGGACUUGGAAUGGUACCAAGAUUCUUUGGGAGCUGGAAAUCCGAUCAUCAUUUAUCUCCAUGGCAAUGGAGGCACAAGGGCAGCAAGUCACCGUGUGGGACUAAUAAAUCUACUGAGUGCAAUGGAUUACCAUGUUUUGGCUUUGGACUACAGAGGUUUUGGGGACUCCACCGGAGAGCCCACUGAAGUUGGUAUAACCACUGACACCCUCUACUUGUACCAGUGGGUAAAAGCCCGCAGUGGGAGCAGUCUGGUGGUAUUAUGGGGACACUCCCUUGGCACUGGAGUGGCCACUAAUACUGCAGUCAAACUAAUGGAACAUGGGAUUGUUGUUGAUGGUGUGAUCAUUGAGGGAGCAUACACCAACAUUCGACAGAAGGGUGCUCAUGAUCCGUUUGGCUGGUUUUAUUGGAAGUUCCCAGGUUUUGAGUACUUUUUCCUGGACACAAUGGCAAAACACAAUAUAAUCUUCCCUAAUGACGAAAACUUGAAGAGGAUGAGGAGUCCUCUUCUGAUACUUCAUGCAGAGGAUGACCACGUAGUGCCUAUCCACAUGGCUCAGCAGCUGUAUGAAAUUGCACAGAGUGCCCAAAACUCAGAGAAUCGAGUUAAGAUGGUACCGUUCGCCAGAUCCCUUGGGUACCUUCACAAUGGAUUGUACAAAGACCCUCACAUGCCCAACAUUAUUGGGGAAUUUGUACAUUCAUUGCCCCCCUAAUCCAGUGACCUAUGCAGAAGAACCUUUGGACAUCAACUGUUACAACAUAUCUAGAGAACUGCAAAACCUAGAUGCACAGUUUGCAUGUCUCUUUACCUUAUGGCAAAUCAGUAGGGUGGACUUCAAUCACAUGGUCCAAUCAUUGAUCUAAUAUCAGAUAGAAGUUACAUUGCCAGUAAUGUAAAGCACUUACUUAGCUGAAAGGACUGAGAAAAAAAAGAGAAUCUAUGAGGUUCAGCUCUGGGUUUAGCACUUACUGAGAUGUCCAAUGCAUAAAUGUGAAAAAUGAUUAUUAAUCAAUGUUUAAAGUGUUCAAGUGUUCAAGCUUAGGUGAAUUCUUAGUAGUGAUUACAGAAAAGUUACUGCUGUAAAAGCUUUUCUUCUUGGCAAGUAUUACAUUACAAAUAAAAUGUGAUCAACUUCCAUGAAUCAUA